AUGGAUAUUUACGACACUCAGACCUUGGGGGUUGUGGUCUUUGGUGGAUUCAUGGUUGUUUCCGCCAUCGGCAUCUUCCUGGUGUCAACCUUCUCCAUGAAGGAGACGUCAUAUGAAGAAGCUCUGGCCAACCAGCGCAAGGAAAUGGCGAAGACCAACCACCAGAAAGUGGAGAAGAAGAAGAAGGAGAAGACAGUGGAGAAGAAAGGAAAGACCAAGAAAAAGGAGGAGAAGCCCAACGGGAAGAUACCUGACCAUGAGCCCAGCCCUGGCGUGACCAUCCUUCCCAGGGACCCAGUGUGGGCACCUGCAGUGGCUCCAACCCCAGUCCAGUCCCCGGUGGUCACUGCCCCGGUAGCCACGGUACCAGCCAUGCCCCAAGAGAAGCUGGCUUCUUCCCCGAAGGACAAAAAGAAGAAGGAGAAAAAAGUGGCAAAGGUGGAACCAGCAGUCAGCUCUGUAGUGAAUUCCAUCCAGGUUCUUGCCUCAAAGGCUGCCAUCUUGGAAGCUGCUCCCAAGGAGGUGCCUAUGGUGGUGGUGUCCCCAGUGGGUGCCAAAGGCAAUGCCCCUGCUGCCAGCUCUGCACAGGGCAAGAAAUCAGAGGGGAGCCAGGAAGCACCAAAGCAAGAGGCUCCUGCAAAGAAGAAGUCUGGGUCAAAGAAGAAGGGUGAGCCUGGGCCCCCAGAUGCCAAUGGCACCCUGCACCUGCCCUACAAGACGCUGGUCUCCGCUGUCGGAAGCAUGGUGCUCAGCGAGGGAGAGGCCCAGCGGCUCAUGGAGAUCCUGGCUGACAAGGCGGGCAUCGUGCAGGACACGUGGCACAAGGCCACUCAGAAAGGCGACCCCGUGGUGAUUCUGAAACGCCAGCUGGAAGAGAAGGAGAAGCUGCUGGCCACGGAGCAGGAGGACGCGGCCGUCGCCAAAAGCAAGCUGCGGGAGCUCAACAAGGAGCUGGCAGCGGAAAAGGCCAAGGCAGCUGCCGGGGAGGCCAAAGUGAAGAAACAGCUGGUGGCCCGGGAGCAGGAGAUCACAGCCGUGCAGGCGCGCAUGCAGGCCAGCUACCGGGAGCAUGUGAAGGAGGUGCAGCAGUUGCAGGGCAAGAUCCGGACACUGCAGGAGCAGCUGGAGAACGGCCCCAGUGCACAGCUGGCCCGCUUGCAGCAGGAGAACUCUAUCCUGAGGGACGCCUUGAACCAGGCCACGAGCCAGGUGGAGAGCAAGCAGAACGCAGAGCUGGCCAAGCUCCGGCAGGAACUGGGCAAGGUCAGCAAGGAGCUGGUGGAGAAGUCGGAGGCCGCACGGCAGGAGGAACAGCAGCGCAAGGCCCUGGAGGCCAAGGCGGCCGCUGUGGAGAAACAGGUCCUGCAGCUGCAGGCGUCUCACAAGGAGAGCGAGGAGGCCCUGCAGAAGCGCCUGGACGAGGUCAGCCGGGAGCUGAGCCGCACACAGAGCAGCCACGCCAGCCUCCGGGCGGACGCCGAGAAGGCCCGGGAGCAGCAGCAGCAGAUGACCGAGCUGCACAGCAAGCUGCAGUCCUCCGAGGCCGAGGUGAGGGGCAAGUGUGAGGAGCUGCGUGGUCUCCACGGGCAGCUGGAUGAGGCCCGGGCGCAAAACUCACAGCUCACGGAGAGGAUCCGCUCCAUCGAAUCCCUGCUGGAGGCCAGCCAGGCCCGGGACACCCAGGCCAGUCGAGUGGAGGCCGACCAGCAGCAGGCCCGCCUCAUGGAGCUGGAGUCACAGGUGUGGUGCCUGGAGAAGGAGGCCACGGAGCUCAGGGAGGCGGUGGAGCAGCAGAAGGCGAAGAACAAUGACCUCCGAGAGAAGAACUGGAAGGCCAUGGAGGCUCUGGCCUCGGCCGAGAAGAGCUGCGAGGAGAAGCUGCGGUCCCUGACCCAGGCCAAGGAGGAGUCGGAGAAGCAACUCAGCCUGACGGAGGCCCAGACCAAGGAGGCCCUGCUGGCCCUGCUCCCGGGGCUCCCCACCCCCACCCACCAGAGUUACGCCGAGUGGUUGCAGGAGCUCAAAGAGAAUGCCUGUCUGGAGCUACUGAAGCGGCCGCACACGAGCCCGGAGCCCUCGGACCUGGCUGCCAAGCUGAGAGAGGCAGAGGAGACGCAGAGCGGCCUGCAGGCUGAGUGCGACCAGUACCGCAGCAUCCUGGCCGAGACGGAGGCCAUGCUCAAGGCACUGCAGAAGAGUGUAGAGGAGGAGGAACAGGUGUGGAAGGCCCGGGUGAGCACCGCGGAGGAGGAGCUCCGGGAGUCGCGGGUUACCGUGAAACAUCUCGAAGAGGUUGUCGAGAAGCUCAAAGGGGAACUUGAAAGUUCCGACCAGGUGAGGGAGCACACCUGGCACCUGGAGGCCGAGCUGGAGAAGCACAUGGCGGCCGCCAGCGCGGAGUGCCAGAACUACGCCCAGGAGGUGGCGGGGUUGAGGCAGCUCUUAUUAGAAUCUCAGUCUCAGCUAGAUGCGGCCAAAAGCGAAGCCCAGAAACAAAGCGACGAGCUCGCCCUGGUCAGACAGCAGCUGAGCAAGAUGAAGAGCCACGUGGAGGACGGUGACGUGGCCGAGGCCCCCCGAGCAGAGCAGGACCCCACCGAGCUGAAGAUGCAGCUGGAGCGGACAGAAGCCCUGCUGGGGGAUGAGCAGGCGCGGCGGCAGAAGCUCACGGCCGAGUUUGAGGAGGCUCAGCUGGCGGCAAGUCAGCUGCAGGCGGAGUUAGAGAAGCUCCGUUGCACCAGUGCCUUUGGGUCUUCGGAGGCGGAGGAGGCCACGCAGCUGAAGGAGAGGCUAGAGAAAGAGAAGAAGUUAACGGGUGACCUGGGACGUGCGGCCACCAAGCUGCAAGAGCUUCUGAAGACGACCCAGGAGCAGCUGGCAAAGGAGAAGGACACAGUGCAGAAGCUGCAGGAGCGGCUGGACAGACCAGAGGACGGCAGCUCAAAGGAAGGCACUUCUGUCUGA